AUGCUUAUGGAUUUAAACGCGUUCCCACCGGAUGAGCUUCCAACUACGUCUCGACUCUGUUCCUUACAACCGACUCCUUCAUCAGAUGCUCCGAAAAGAGACUAUGUCGCACAGAGUUACCCGCACUGGUUGGCCUCCGCGUCAAAUAACUUUCCGGCGAAUGAUCAUUCGGCUAAUCCCCGCAAGCGGAAGAAUGUUGAUGCUGGUAUAGAAAAGAUGGCGCUCAUUGACCCGGCCCAAUGGCAGAAGACUAGUUUAGAGUACCAAAAGGACUUGGAAGUCGAAAAUGAAGUUAGUAAACCGCAAACAGCUGAGCCCGUCAACUCGCAAGAAAAAGAAAAACCAGUGAUUGAGAAAUCCGGCACUUCGCGCAAUGAUCGAAAUAUGGACAUUAGCCGACUCGAAGAAAGUGAAAGAAAACGUGUACCGUUCAACGUUAAAAACUGGAGUUUUGUUAGAACAAAUUCGAACAUUCAAAGUAAUGAGGAUAACGAGACGGUGAAGAAUUUUUUCAAAGCUAUGACAGCAUGGAAAAGCGAUGUUGAAUUGAGUGCAUUGAAACUAGAGCCUCAUCAACACGGUAAUGAAGAGUUCUGGCUUCCAAAACAGUAUGAAACAUCCUUUAUUGGCCGGUUUAGAGACAAUGUAGUAGGCUAUCCAGAUGAGGAAAUCUUACCACGUAGUGCCAGAGGAUUAGAGAUUUUGAAGACCAUCUUGAAACUAUCAGAUGAAAAACUCGAUCUUGAACGUUACCCGGUUUUUUCGAACCACAUCUCCUUCUUUGUCUUUUUAACGAACAUGAAAGUGGAAUAUUAA